GUAUCAGUUGACACAUCCCUCAGCAAUGAUAGGAAGCAGAAAUAAAACAACACAACCUUCCCAUGCUAAUCCAAUGGGUCUUGACCUUGUGACUGUUUGUCCCAGUUUUGAAUGACAGCCCAGUCCCAUACGGUUGGAUAUUUUUAGGUUUGUUUUCAGAAGGGGAAAUAUCUUUAAAACUAACUUUGAGAAGGGGUUGUUGGGCUUGCUUUGGACCACUGGUUAAUUUGGAAAUGCUUCAAAUCACAGAAGAAGGGGACGAAGUUAUUUGAGCUAUGCUUCCAAGAAAGAAAAGUAACAACGAAGCGUCGACACCAGCCGAGGCACAUAGAAGAUCUGUGAAGGAGACAUCACCACUCCUGAAAAAUCUCAUGCCCUCGUUCAUCCGACAUGGACCCACUAUCCCCAGACGCCCCGAGGUCCCUCUGCCGGAGCCUGGCUCAGCCUAUCCCGUGGGGCCUGUGUUGGCCGGCAACAAGAGCUUCCUACGCUUCCCCCCUGUGCAGAGGUCACCCCACGAGGCGGCUCUGCGGGAACGCCACCGGAUGUCAGCCCCUCCGUACCUACCUGGAAGCCUGGGCGAUAUAACCCACGAGUACGGAGGCUCCUCACAGUCCUUCCUCACAGACGUGAGCGCCAUGGCUGAGAAGGAGGAUGUUGGGCUCUACUACCACCCUCUGACUCCGGAGCCUUACUCCGACAGCCAGCAGCAGCAGAGACGGCCUCAGCCACAUCAGCACCCCAGAGCUCCUGACCACUUACAUGAGGACUAUAGAUACUAUGAACAGAGUGAACAUCAAAGCCUACCACCACGACAACACACUCCCCCGGCCCCCAACGGACUGGCAACAGGUAUCGGUCGAAUGCAGUCCAAGUCUCUGGGGAACCUGUCCAGUCUGAGCUAUGAGGACCUCUCCCUGCCCCGUGGUUGGACGGUAGACUGGACCAUCCGAGGCAGGAAGUACUACAUCGACCACAACACCAACACCACCCACUGGUCCCACCCCCUGGAGAGAGAGGGUCUGCCCCCUGGCUGGGAGAAGGUGGAGUCUGCUGAGUUUGGACCCUACUACGUGGACCACGUCAACAAGAGGGCUCAGUAUAGACACCCCUGUGCUCCUAGUGUGCUCCAAUAUGACCAGCCUCCUCCCGUUGUAUACCGGCCUCGCCCAGCCGAGCGGAACCAUCCGGUACUGGUACCAGCCAAUCCGUACCACACGGCAGAGAUCCCUGACUGGCUACAGGUGUAUGCCCGAGCCCCACUCAAGUAUGACCACAUCCUGAAGUGGGAGCUGUUCCAGCUGGUGGAUCUGGACACGUACCAGGGCAUGUUGAAGCUGCUCUUCAUGAAGGAACUGGAGCGCAUCGUCAAGUCCUACGAGGCCUACCGUCAGGCCCUGCUGUCUGAGGUGGACCAAAGGAAACCGAGGUAACAGUGGUACACUCAGGGGUCCCAGGAGCACUCUGGGGGGGCCCAGGAGCAACGGGACAAGAACUUCACAGGGAAGUAGGCCCUAUUCACUUGGAAGCAAACAAGACAAAAUGAUGGUGGUGGUGGGGGGGGGGCCCACUCUGGCCCAGGAGCAGCCGGACAGAGGAAUGGAGCCUGUGGAUAGCUGGACCUGAGACUUCAACCGUUCUCUUUCUACAUUGCUCCUAUGAAGUUCUCCCCCUGAAGCUGCUACAGUACAGAGCUCCACCCGUCUGAGGUUUCUACAACAAGGAAGUCCGCCCCUUUAGAGGUUUCCGCCCUGCCCCAGUAGGUCAGGGUUCAUUUAUUUUUAUGAUUGACCUCCUUAUUGCCGUCUCCUCCUCUCACCCAAACGUAUGCGGUCGUCUUCCCGUUUUAUAUCAGCCAAAUUUCCAGAUGCUGCUCACAUCAUGUGGUUACGCAGGUCCCCCUCCCUUCGUGAUGAUUCGGGACCAAGGACGAGCGACUAUGUGAACGCUCCAAUGAAGAAAGAAAAUGAUUCUCCAGCUGGAGAGAGAGAGAUGUUUACACUAAAGUUGCUUACAGAAAAUGUCAUCUGAGAACUGGGUCGUGUUCAUUAGGCAACAAAUGGAAGAACAGACUGCAACAUGGGGAGGGACUACCGGGACUCGUUUUUCCAAAAGGUUUUGCUACAGUGUGCCCCACUGAACACAUCCCUGGGUUGUUGUAUGGAAUCUGUUCUUUUUUUUAUUUUUAUAAAGACUGAAGACGAUCACAGGGUCUUAAAGACCUGUUUAUUGUUUGAAUGUCCAUAAGUGACUAUAAGAUUUACAGACUGUCUUUUCCCUCACAGAAACAGCACCUGUUUUAUACUGCGCUUUGUAAAAUGAUUGCUAUAAUGUCACUUUUUUGGGGAGAGAAGGACUGGCAGCUUCACCUUUUUUUUUAAAUAAAUUAAUGUUUCUAGAUAAAAACAUUUAUGGAGCAGAAUUUAUCAUUGUACGUAAUUUGUAUUUCUUUGUAAGCAUUUGUAGCCCCUAAAACUGAAGAUUUCUUUAACAAUAAAAAUGUGAUCCAUUGUU